UAUAGAUUAUAUGUUAGUCAAAAUCUUUCCUCCUGUCUUUGCCGUCCCCUUCGCUCUCGUUCUCUUGCAGUCUAAUCCGCCCCCACAUCUGGUGACUCUUCAGUUUCUGUCACUUCCUGAGUUCCUCUGUAGACUUCUCUGUUUUUCUCCGUUUCUGGGAUACACAGCGAGAGGGUAGGGAGGCGAGAGAGAGAGAGAGGACGUGUGACGUAGGGAGGAGAGGCAGGAACCUGGAGGCCUCCAGAGUUUCGAGUCAGAGGACACACUUCUCCUGGGAUCUUACGCAAGGUUGUUGUGGGGGACCUGUGCGGCCUAAAGGAGGGGUUCAGAUCCACACUGAGACAUGAGGCGCUGACUCUUUUAGGGGGACUAGAGAGCGGAGCGCGGUGUCGCUUUAAGAACGAUAUUCGUCCAUGAGUCUCGGAAUAGAAAAAUGAGUAAAAUCACCUGUCCGACUGUGCGCUGGAAAUAACGAAAAAUGACCGGAAUCUUCUUGACGAUCUCCUGGCUCUGGCUCUUCGCCACCGUAUGUCACACUUUGGAUAUUCCCCUACAGUCGGCUCUGCUUAUGAAAGGCGAACCGGUGGGGUUCACAAGAUCUAGUCACAGACAGAAAAGAUCUGAUGGAGACGUAACCUGCAAAGAAGAUGAAUAUAAACCAAGGAAAGCAAAACAUUGCUGCAACAAAUGUCUGGCGGGUUUUAUGGUGGUCAAGGACUGUCCUCAUGAAGGAAUGAAAAGUCAGUGUGAACCUUGUCCAACGGGAUACUUCAGGAAAAGUCCUAGUGGCUCCAAGUCUUGCUUCCCGUGUUACGAUUGCCUAACCCAAUUUGGCCAAGUUACGUUACAAUCCUGCACUACAAUAAAUGAUACCGUCUGCGGAUGUCCUGCUGGUCAGUAUAAGUCUGAUAGUGACCUCCGGAAAUUCACUUGUCUAGAAUGCAGCAAAUGUGACAAUGGCACCGUACUCCACUCCUGCACAGUGGACCGUAACACCGUCUGUAAAUGCUUCUUCAACUUCUAUCUUGACUCCACCGGAAAGUGCCGCUCAUGUAAUGAGUGUAACGAUUCAGAUGAUUGUGUCAAUCACUGUCCAUGGCCUCCGCACUCACCGGUCGGAAAGCCAAAAGAAUCAAAUGUUAAUCUGAUAAUUAUACCGUGUGCGGCCGUUGUGGUUCUCCUGGCUGUGGCGGCUGUAUUAAUCGUCAAGUAUCGCAAGAAGAUCUCUUCUGCUUUACAGGCAGUCCCUACAACCGACAUAUCAGAAACUUCAAGCAAUCCUCUGAUGGACAGCUCCUCAUCGACAUGUAAAUCAGAAUAUCUCCCAGGACAGCCACUUAUUAUUGUAGAAGAUUCCGGACCUCAUCAAAAUACAGCCCUAAAUUCUUCCCUCCCAUUACCUGACAUCACGUUACAGACCAAGAUGCCGUCACUAAACCGCCCAGAAGUUCUCUACAAAAUCAUUGAAUGUGUUCCUGUUGGCAGCUGGAAGGAGCUUAUCCGCCGCUUGGGAGUCAGCGACCAGGUCAUUGACCAGGCUGAGUACGACUACAGACGUUACAAAGACGCUCAGUAUGCAAUGCUCUCGUUUUGGGUCUGCAACGAGGGUUCAGCCGGAGCUACGAGAGACUCACUGUUCAGGGUGUUGAGAGAGAUGAACUUAGGAGGAUGCGUGGAGAAAAUCGAGGAGAUAUUGUGACAGUUCUCAUGAGUAGAAGAGUGGCUUCAUAGAAGUUUAUACAUUGUCACCUGGGACCAAAGUUAUGACUAUUACAGCUAAAACACACUUCUGCCCAUCUCGAACUUUCCAUCAGACUUUUUUGUGGUGGAAACUUUAUUAAGCUCAAUUAAUUUUUACAAUCUUACAUAACAGAUUUCCACUGAGGUCUAACUUCUCCCACCAAGUUCUUGCACAUGAACAGGUCUUUAGAGUUGACCCAUUACAUGGACACAUCUUCUGAGUUGACCCAUUACAUGGACAGGUCUUCAGAGUUGAUCCAGUACUUGGACAGGUCUUCAGAGUUGACCUAUUACAAAGACGGAUCUUCAGAGUUGACCCAUUACAUGGACGGUCUUCAGAGUUGAUCCAUUAUAUGGACAGGUCUUCUGAGUUGACCCAUUACAUGGACAGGUCUUCAGAGUUGACUCAUUACAUGGACAGGUCUUCAGAGUUGACCCAUUAAAUGGACAGGUCUUCAGAGUUGACCCAUUACAUGGACAGGUCUUCAGAGUUGACCCAUUACAUGGACAGGUCUUCUAAGUUAACCCAUUACAUGGACAGGUCUUCAGAGUAGACCCAUUAAAUGGACAGGUCUUCAGAAUUGACCCAUUACAUGGACAGGUCUUCAAAGUUGACCCAUUGCAUAUAACAGCCUGGAUAAACUUCAAAUUAUUUUGAUGUCAAGAUGGAUUUCCCACCCGUUAUGCACAAGCUUGGUCUGAUGUUGACCAGAAUCUCUAGCUUAUGGACCAAAAUCUACAUAUACAGCAAACAAUAUGUGCUGUACCAUUUUGAGUGUUUGGGUUCCAGCAAGUGUUCAAUUGUUGCAAUCCUGGAGUCCUCAGAUCUCAAGCCAGUCAGAGGAUAGCCAAAGACUGGCUCAACUUCCCAAAAUGUGUUCAAAACCAGACAGAACAAUGUUGUCGAUUUAGCGUUCUAAAGACUAUUACUAAUGUAAUAAGCACUCAUCGGAACAUACAGGAAUUUAUAUAUAUUUUUGAAAGCACAGAUCUUGUAUAUUUUUGUAUGCAGCUGAAUUCUCCAAGUUACUGCCAGUUCCAUUCACCAGUAAUCACAAUAAAAAUAAAACAAAUGCCAUAGGUGAUUUUAAAUGAUUUUUUUUUAUUUAUUUACUUUAA